AUGCGGCCCAAGACGGACAAGACGGACAACGCGGGGUCUGGAGGCGAGGCGGCCGGCGGCCUGGCUUUGAAGCUGGUCAUUCUGAAGGCCAGAAACCUGGCCGCCAAAGAUCGUGGAGGCACUUCCGACCCGUAUCUCGUCAUUACCUCCGGUGAUAGUAAAAUUGUCACCCAUUCAGUCCCCAAAACUCUCAAUCCAGAGUGGAACGUGAUCGAAGAACUUCCAGUAAAUUCACCUCAGAACCUUCUCCUCGAUGUCAUUUGCUGGGACAAAGAUCGAUUCGGCAAGGAUUACAUGGGCGAGUUCGACAUCGCUCUCGAGGAGAUAUUCCAAAAUGAACGAACUGAAGUGGAACCCCGUUGGUUUGCCCUAAAGAGCAAAAGGCCUGGCAAGAAAACGGGCGUUGUCUCUGGCGAGGUCCUCCUGCAAUUUUCCCUCUUCGAUACGGCCAACCUGGGCAGCUCCUCCAGAGACAUUCUGGACAAAUUCUACGCCAUCGUUGGCUCCAUUUCUGCCUCUAUGCCGUCGCCCAAGCCACACUUGACACCUGCACUAAAUCAAGACGCGACAUCUUCGGGCCUGGAAGAGCCCCGCGACGAGGACGACGAGGAUGACCUGACCGAAUUCGACGAUGAAGAGGGUGACGACCCAUCCAAACCGGAAACGGCCGAAAAGAGGCGCCGUAGACUUAGGAUCAGGGGUCUGAGGAAGCGACGAAGAGACAAUCCCUACGCCUUUAACAACGGUGGUUCGGAUGUUGUGGGCAUCAUCUUCCUCGAGAUUGUCAAAAUCACCGACCUGCCCCCCGAGUCUAACCUCACGCGAACAAGCUUCGACAUGGACCCGUUUGUAGUAGCGUCCCUGGGCAGGAAGACGUACCGUACACGCCGUGUCAGGCACAACUUAAACCCCGUCUACAAUGAAAAAAUGAUCUUCCACGUGCAGGGCCACGAGCAAGCGUAUUCUUUUUCCUUCACUGUUAUCGACCACGACAAGUAUUCUGGAAAUGAUUUCAUUGCAUCGUGCAAUCUGCCGGUACAGGAGCUCAUCGAGAGGGCGCCGCAAGCCAACCCGGAAACCGGAUUGUACGGACUGCGGGAGCCGGACGAACACGCCCCCUCGGCCGCCAGAUCCCGCUUCAAGAAGCUGGGCAUGUCACGGUCGUCAUCCACACAAAGCUUGGGCAAAUUGAUGCGUCCGCAGCUGUCGAAAACCUCACCAACCACGAGCAACAACACGUCACACAGCACCAGCGUUGAGACAAGUCAGACCCUAUCCGCCAACACCGCUGCGCCAGUCUCUGAUGCGUUUGCUAACCCAGCUGAACCGUCGGAUGCUGGUGCCGAAGUUGAGGGAUCCGACUUCCAUGACUUUGUGGUGCCGCUGAAAAUGAAGAACCUGGACAAGUGGGAGAGUAAGCACAGCCCUCAGAUUUACCUCAGAGCAAAGUACAUGCCGUACCCAGCUCUGCGGCAGCAAUUCUGGCGGGCCAUGCUUCGCCAGUACGAUACCGACGAGAGUGGUGAGAUUAGCCGCGUUGAGCUCACCACAAUGCUGGACACGCUAGGGUCUACCCUGAAGGAGUCUACCAUUGACAGCUUCUUCCAUCGAUUCCCCCACAAAGCUGCUGACAACGAAGAGACGUGGGAUCUGACCAUGGAUGAGGCAGUGAUUUGCCUGGAGGAUCAGCUUGCGGCCAAGAGCAAGCCCACGACAGUUGCAGACAAGGUGAAGAGCCUGGUCCCGGACCUGAAGCAACUUGGAGUUCAUAACAGGCCAGACAUUGCUGGGGAUCUAAGCUCCACCAACGCGUCGGGCACCUCGACCCCCCAAAUCGUCGUUGAGGCACAUACUCCCAUUGACGCCAAGGGCUCCGGCGAGGAGGAGAGCGACGAGAGCGGCGACCGAGACGAGGAACACGUUGUAGAAAUUCGCGAAUGUCCCAUCUGCCACCAACCACGACUCAACAAGCGCAACGACACGGACAUUAUAACUCACAUCGCUACUUGCGCCAGUCAGGACUGGAGACAAGUAAACACAGUGCUGAUGGGUGGCUUCGUGACGGCCAGCCAGGCCCAACGCAAGUGGUACUCCAAGGUCAUUACCAAGAUCUCCUAUGGCGGCUACAAGCUGGGCGCCAACUCGGCCAACAUUCUCGUGCAAGAUCGCAUGACUGGUCAGAUCAAUGAAGAGAAGAUGAGUGUCUAUGUAAGACUGGGGAUCCGGCUGCUGUACAAGGGUCUGAAGUCGCGUGACAUGGAGAACAAGCGAAUCCGAAAAAUGUUGAAGAACCUGAGCAUAAAGCAAGGACGCAAGUUUGACGACCCAGCUUCUAGGGAAGAAAUCGAAAAGUUUAUCGAGUUUCACGGCCUGGACAUGUCAGAAGUUCUUCUGCCCAUUGAGGAGUUUAAGAACUUUAACGAAUUUUUCUACCGAGCACUGAAGCCGGAUGCUCGACCGUGCUCCGCACCCAACAACCCGGGCAUCAUCGUGUCGCCAGCCGACUGUCGAAGCGUCGUGUUCAACCAGAUUACUCAGGCAACCAAGGUCUGGGUCAAGGGAAGAGAAUUCAGCAUCAAGAGGCUGCUAGGGGAUGCUUAUCCAAAUGACGCGGCCCGCUAUGAGAAUGGCGCGCUGGGCAUCUUCCGACUAGCACCACAAGACUACCAUCGAUUCCACGUUCCCGUCGACGGCACCAUGGGCAAGCCAGUCACCAUUUCCGGCGAAUACUACACAGUGAAUCCCAUGGCCAUCCGGUCCGCGCUCGACGUGUACGGCGAAAACGUGCGCGUCAUUGUGCCGAUUGACAGUGUGGCGCACGGCAGAGUCAUGGUGAUUUGCGUGGGGGCAAUGAUGGUUGGCAGCACGGUCAUUACACGGAAGGCGGGAGACGAGGUCAAGAGGGCCGAGGAGCUGGGGUAUUUCAAAUUUGGCGGCAGCACGGUGUUGCUCCUCUUCGAGCCCGGCAAGAUGGUGUUUGACGAUGACUUGGCAGACAACUCGAGCACGGCGCUGGAGACAUUGGUGCGAGCGGGCAUGUCGAUUGGCCACUCACCAGACGUAGGGCAACACACACCAGACAUGCGCAAGAGUGAGGAGGACAUCACGGAGGCGGAGAAGAAGGAGGCCAAGCGGCGUAUCCAGGGCAACUUUGCCAUGGGGCAGUCUCCCAGCGAUAGCGGCGACGACGAGCGUCCCAUGCGCAAGCUGUCAAACGUGCCAACCAUGAACACAAUGGCGGCGUCAGCCAUGUAG